GAAUUAACAAAUUAUUUUUAAUACAAAAAAAUAAAAAAAAUAUUUAUUUGGCAAAAUAAGUGGAUAAAAUAAAUUUCCCACUCGCAAUCUGAAUUCUGAAUGUGCGCAAUCGCCCCAAACUCCGUUCGAGCCCAGGCGGGAUUGCGAUUAAUAAGAACACCCCGCCGAUUCCAACCUUCAAUUCCCAAUUUUACCCUUCUUCUUCUUCUUCUUCUUCUUCAUCCUCAUUCUCAUACAAUUACAAUUUUUUAUAUUUAUAUCAAAAACCUUUUUUUUUCUUUUUCUUUUUUCUUCAUCUUCUCUUCUCUCUCACUCGUUCCUUCAAAACCCUAACACUCAUGGCCGCACCUCCAACCAAAGACCAAGUCCUCUCUCUCCUCGCCGCCGCCAAUAACCACGGUGACAUCUCCGUCAAAACCAAUUCCCUAAAACAAGCCAAAGACCUUCUUUUAUCCAUCGAUCCUUCUCUCGCUGCUGACCUUUUCCCUUAUCUCCUUGACCUUCAAUCUUCUCAUGAAAGCCUCGUUCGCAAAUUGCUUAUACAGAUAAUUGAGGAGAUUGGUUUUAGAGCAGUUGAACAUUCUCCUGCAUUGAUAUCUUCAUUAUUAACAUUUUUACGAGACAGUGAUGUAACUGUUGUAAAACAGUCUAUUAUUAGUGGCACUAAUAUAUUCUGUGCUUGUUUUGAGGAGUUGAUUCUGCAGUUUCAACAAUGUGGCAAAGUAGAGAGGUGGUUAGAAGAGAUUUGGAUGUGGAUGCUAAAGUUCAAGGAGGCUGUUUUUGAGAUUGCUCUUGAGGGUGGUUCUUAUGGAAUAAAGUUGCUGGCACUGAAAUUCUUGGAGAUUUUUGUAUUACUUUUUACAUCUGACAUCAGUGAUCCUGACAAAUCAGCCACCGAAGGAGUCCGACAGGCUGUUAAUAUCUCAUGGUUGGUGGGUUCUCACCCUGUUCUCGAUCAAAUGGUGCUUAUGACAGAGGCAAAUAGGACAAUUGGCAUUUUAUUAAAAUUGUUGCAGUGCACUGGCAAUCUCCCUGGUUGCUUGACAAUUGCUGUUGUGAAUUGUUUAGCGGCCAUUGCAAGGAAAAGGUCACAACACUAUGAUACCAUCUUUUCAGAAUUGCUUGAUUUUGAUCCAAAUGUUCAAACAGUGAAAGGAUGUCAUGUUGUCAGUGUUCAGUACUCUUUAAGAACAGCUUUUUUGGGCUUUCUAAGAUGCACUUAUUCUCCGAUAAUAGAGUCAAGAGAAAGACUGAUAAGGAGCCUGCGAGCUAUGAAUGCGGGGGAUGCUGCUGAUCAGGUAAUUCGGCAAGUAGACAAAAUGAUUAAAAGUGGUGAUCGCUUUACCCGUGAUGUUCGAGCUAGCAAGGAUGAUCAACCAUCAAUUCAGUUGCCCAUUUCUGGGGAAUUAUCUAGGAAAAGACCUGUUCCUCAUGAUAAUGAACAAUUGGCCAAUGGCCAUGAUGCCAGCGCUAAGAGGAUUCGUUCUGGUCCUGACUCUGACUUUACUUUACCUGCUCAAAUAAAUGAUUCGGGCCGGGAUCUUAGCUCCAUUAACGGAGUGUCACCUAAUGCUCCUGUUCCUGAAACUGAACUAACUGCCGUGGAGCAAAUGAUUGCUGUUAUUGGUGCUUUGAUUGCUGAAGGAGAAAGAGGCGCCAAAUCUCUUGAAAUACUUAUUUCACAGAUUCAUCCUGAUCUGUUGGCUGAUAUUGUCGUAGCUAAUAUGAAGCACUUGCCUAAGGCACCCCCACCACUAGCAAGGCUUGAAAAUCCAUCAGUAACUCGCCAAGUAGCUUCCCAAGUCAGUCAAUCGCAGGUUAUAGCAGCACCUGCUUCAACGAGUUCUGUCCAAUCCUUGUCUGCCUCUGCCCAAGCACAAUUCCCUUCAACUACGUCCACUGCUACUACCUCAUCAGCAUCCGACACCUCCAACCUCAGUAACCUUCCUGCCGAUUCUAAACGUGAUCCACGCCGGGAUCCCCGUCGUCUGGAUCCACGACGUGGAGCGAUAACUCCUGGAGGAGCAGCUAUCUCAGUUACAGAUGAUACUUGUGCCACAAAACUAGAAUCCGAGGAUCCUGUGUCUUUUACUAAACCUGCGUCACAUCAUGUUGCAAGCACUGAUGACGAUACCCAAUCAGAUUUAACAAUCAAACUAAAAAAUGAGGAUAUGAUCUCUGAAGGUCCUCCAAUUUCAGGACCUGAUCGGGUUACUCCCAAAACAGAGGUUCUUGAAAGACCUGUAGAUCACCAGGUUAUGGAAACAAAUGUUUCUUUGGAUCCUGGGGUCUCUUCCACCAAUUCAAUAGAUGAGGAUCCGAGUACAGUAAAUCUUUUGGAUGAUACUGAAACAAACGGGACAGAUUCAUCAUCUAUUUUUGAGUUUGAUCAGUUUUAUCUUGACGUUCAAGUGUCAUCCACAUCAGAAGAUACCUGUUUGGAGUUGCCACAGCUUCCACCAUAUAUUCAACUAUCCCAAGAACAUGAAAGUAAGGUGAAACACAUGGCUAUUAGCCAUAUAAUAGAGUCAUACACACAUUUGCACGGGGCAGAAUGUCAGCAGUUUUGCAUGCCACUACUUGCAAGACUUGUAGCUCAGAUUGAUGGCGAUAAUGUGAUCACUGGGAUGCUGCAAAAACACAUUCUGGAAGACCACUGGCGAAAGGGCCACGAACUUGUUCUGCAUGUUCUGUACCAUCUCCAUUCCUUGAUGAUAAUGGAUUCAGCUGGAAACUCUUCAUCUUCUGUUUUAUAUGAUAACUUUCUCUUGGGAGUGGCCAAAACUCUCUUGGAUUCUUUUCCGGCUACAGACAAGUCUUUUAGCAGACUUCUUAGCGAAGUUCCAUUUCUGCCUGAAUCUGCCUUGAAGGUUUUGGAGGAUCUAUGCUAUGCUGAUGUUAUUGAUCAUGACGGAAAAAUUAUCCGCGACAUUGAGCGUGUAACUCAAGGCCUUGGUUCUAUCUGGAGCUUAAUUUUGGGGCGCCCACAAAAUCGCCAAGGCUGCUUAGGAAUAGCAUUGAAGUGUGCUGUCCACCCACAGGAUGAGAUUCGAGCUAAAGCUAUACGGCUGGUGACAAACAAGCUCUUUCAGCUUAGUUACAUUGCAGAAGAUGUUGUGAAAUUUGCAACAAAAAUGCUUCUCUCUGCGGUAGAUCAUGAAGCUUCAGAUGCAGCGCAAUCGGGACCUACUGAACAAAGAAUGGAGGUCGAAAGUCUUGACAUAAGUGGUACUUCACAGGCUUUUGAGUCUGAAAAUGACACUACUAGAGUUGCUAAACCAACAAUUCAAAGUGUUUCAUCUAUAUCGUUUUCUGAAGCACAACGCCUCAUUUCUUUAUUUUUUGCUCUAUGUACAAAGAAACCCAGUCUUCUACAGAUUGUAUUUGAUGUAUAUGGACAAGCCUCAAGAACUGUAAAGCAGGCUUUUCAUCGCCACAUUCCAAAUCUUGUGAGAGCGCUCGGGCAAUCGUAUUCUGAAUUGCUCCAUAUCAUAUCUGAUCCACCAAAAGGAAGUGAAAAUCUUCUGACACUGGUGCUACAAAUAUUGACUCAAGACACAACUCCAUCUUCUGAUUUGAUAUCUACUGUUAAACAUUUAUAUGAAACAAAACUUAGAGAUGUCACAAUUCUCGUUCCAUUAUUGUCAUCGCUCUCCAAAACAGAGGUUUUACCAAUUUUCCCACGACUUGUUGACCUUCCAUUGGAAAAGUUUCAAAGGGCACUUGCUCACAUACUACAGGGUUCAGCUCAUACAGGUCCAGCUUUAACACCUGUAGAGGUGUUGGUUGCAAUCCAUGGAAUUGUUCCCGAGAAAGAUGGCCUUGCACUUAAAAAGAUUACAGAUGCUUGCUCGGCUUGUUUUGAACAACGUACAGUGUUUACUCAGCAGGUUCUGGCCAAGGCAUUGAACCAGAUGGUUGAUCAAACUCCGUUGCCACUGCUUUUCAUGAGAACCGUUAUUCAGGCAGUUGAUGCUUUUCCUGCACUGGUUGAUUUUGUUAUGGAGAUACUCUCAAAACUUGUGACUAGACAGGUGUGGCGCAUGCCAAAACUCUGGGUUGGUUUCUUAAAAUGUGUAUAUCAGACGCAGCCACGUUCUUUUCAUGUAUUAUUGCAGUUGCCACCUCAACAAUUGGAAAGUGCACUCAACAGGCAUGCUAAUCUCAGAGUGCCCCUUGCUUCUUAUGCCAACCAACCAACUGUAAAAUCUUCACUUAGUAGAUCAACUUUAGCUGUUCUCGGUCUUGCAACUGAAACGCAUGUACAGCAACAUUUACCAACACCAAUGCACCAUUCUGAGACAAGUACUUCAGUUAGUGGGGCAACUCUGACAUGAUAGUCAAGUGACUAACAGAAAUUUAGUCCAUGGCGCAGUUGAAAAUAUGAUCAGUGAGAUUGGUCAAUAUCCGGGGUUUCAAUGCAACCAAAGAGAAAAUUCACAAAUAAAUAGUUCAUAUAGUGAGCCUCGACAGAUUGUUUGUACCAUCCAGAAUGCAGCUUAUUGAGUGUUUAUAUACCCAGUCGAAUCAAGGGCGCGCAUUCACAAUUAUAUCAACAAGUUUCCUUUCCAUGACUGGAACCUCAUUCUCCGGUGCUCUAGGAAAUCCACCCAGCCCCUUCCAUGAAUGUAUCAUAGUGUUUUUUUUUUUUUUUUGUAGUUUUACCAUUGUAUUAUUUAUUAUUUUAUUAUUAUUCAUCCAAUUUUGAUGUUUUUUUUUUCUUCCUUUUUUGGUCAUGAAAUAUGACUGUAUUGUGUGUUCAUAUAUGUGAUUGCAUGGUCAUCAUUCUCCAAAGGAUGCGAUAGUCCUGAUAAUGGUAAGAUGCAAUUAAGUUUCUGAAAUCCCCAAUAA